AUGAUAGAAAACAUAUCAAAGGAUACUCGAGGAGUAGAUGGUCUUGAUAAUUUUUUUAAUAAUAAUAAUAUUAAAAGAGAGAUAUUUGAUGAAACAAAAUGUAAAAUAGCUAUGUUAUAUUUGAUGGACAUAGAGAAUGAAGAACAUUCCUAUAAUAUAACUAAAGAAUCUGGAUUUUUAUACUUGAAUUAUUGGUUACAUAAUAAUGUAAAAGAACAUUAUACAAGAAGUGAAACCAAGAAGAUAUAUGAAGCAUUGCUGAAAGAUCAUAAAACAAUUUAUGAUGAUUCUAGCUGCCUGGAUUAUUUAGAUUACAAUAUUUCCAAUCAUGACAUAAAUGGAAUCGAUAAAAUGAUUAGUAUGUAUGUGUGCCUUAAUAAGAAUAAACAUCAAGGUCAUUCUUCUCCAAUAGAUCCAUUAUGUAAUGCAGUGAAGACAUUCGUAAAUAAGUAUAAUGCUGAAAUUCACAGUGAAACAGGAAAAUCAGAAGACUCUAAAUUGUCACACCAAUGCAUAAAUAAUACAAGAGCUCCUACAAUAAUUUUGACAGUUGUAACUCCCUUUGGAUCGCACCUUAGGGAUUUGUUAAUAAGAAAACGAAAUAAUUAUAAUACAAUAGAUACAGAAACAAAUAAUAUUAAAUCAGCUGAGUUAUACAGGGAUGCUUCAAAUUAUAAGAAAUAUGAUAUAUAUUAUCAUUGUGACUGA